CCUGUGUUCAUUACUAAUCGAACUGAGGCCUUUCAGGGCAAAUAGGCGUUUUUCUCACGUACUGCUCAGAAAGGUCUGCGAAAGUGCAAUAGAUGUUCUUGUGUUGGAUGGAAAAAAUCACACCAUGUUUGUAGAAUGCAUUUGUACCUCAUUUAGGAUAUAAUGGAAAAUUGGAACGAGAAACUUAUAACAGCUGCUAAUCGUGGAGAUGUAGAAGCCUUAAAAUUAUGCCUACAAAAUGAUGCAGACAUUGAUUAUCAAACGGGUAGAGGAUUAACUGCAUUAAUGUGGGCUGCCAGGGGAGGACACCUGGAGGUAACUCAACUACUCCUUGAGAAAGGAUGUCAAAAAGAAACCACAACGGAUGAUGGAAGUACAGCUUUACAUUUUGCUGCACAGUAUGGAUAUCUACAGGUCACAAGAUGUCUAGCAGAAGAAGGAGGUAUCAGUCCCUUUGUUAAGACAAAUCGGCGGGGUAAAACUCCAUAUGAUUUAGCAGCAGCCAGACUUGAGAAUGAUCCAAGUAACAAAGAAGUAAUGGAAUACUUGCAGUCUCUGAUGUCAAAAGAUGGGCAAGAUGUCAGCCAGAACACCUCUGGGAAGAUACAGGAAAUACAAACAGUUGAAGAUCAAGUUCCAACUGAAAUAAAACUAAUGACUGACAAAAGAUCUGUUGAAUUGUACCUUAAAUUACUUGAGUCAGGCUCUGAGAAAAAGAGAGACAUACGUUUAGUUAUAGUUGGGAAGAAAGGUGCUGGAAAGACCUCAUUGAUUAAAAGAUUGUUUGGUGAAGAUAGUACAGAUGUUACCAGUACAAAUGGCAUUGAAAUUCACAAAAUUAAAUGCAAAGCAAAAUCGGAUGAUGGAAUAUGGAAUAAAUUAGAUAGAAACUAUGAAGAAACUGAAACGCAUGCAAGACUAUUGAAAGAAUAUGAGGAAAAACUUCAUGACAAAGGAACAAAAGAAGAACCAAUAGAAUCCCACAUUGCCAUUAAGGAAAAUACACCAGCAACAUCUUUUGAUGAGUCAAAGAAAUCAGGGACAGUACAGUACCAACAGCCUGAAAUGAUAAAAUCUCGAGAAGCAACUAAACAUCAAACAGAACCUCCAGUAACCACCCAGCAGCCAAACCAAUCAUUUGAACAAGCAGAAAGGGAUUUUGAAACCAUGAUUUACGCUGAAUCUGUUGAUUUACAUGACAAAGAGGAGUAUGCUACAUUACUGUUAUGGGAUUUUGCAGGAGAUGAAGAAUUUUACCACACACAUCAAACAUUUCUCUCCCCAGAUGCAAUUUAUUUUGUUGUUACAAAACUCAAUGAGGCUGAUGACCCUAAUGCACAAGAUUUAUUCCGAUUAUGGAUGGACUCAAUACAUUGCUACAGUAGACUGGAAGAGGACAAAACUAAUUCUGAUGAAAACAAAAGAAUGUCAGAUGAUAUUGAUCCACCAGUAGUUAUUGUUGGCACUUGGAAAGAUGCUGUGAUCGCGGAACCAGAAGAAUUGGAGGAGGCAUGCAGAAAAAACCUUUUAAAGUUUGCUGAGAAUUUGUCAGAAGAUGAACGUGGACAUGUGAGGUGUGAAUACCUUAUUUCUAAUAAAGAUGAUGAUCACAGUGUAUUCCAGCAAAUACGACAAGACAUUGUGAACUUAGCCAGAAAAAUGAAAACGUGGAACAAAGACUAUCCUUUAAAAUUUAUUCAGCUGGAAAAAAUACUUCAAGAGAAAAAGAAGGAGUUACCGAUUAUUUCCUAUCAUGAAAUUAAGCGCAUUUCUACUGAUACACCCAUGCCUUUAAAUGAGAAAGAACUGAGUUUAUUCCUGGAAUUUCACCAUGAAAUCAGAGCUUUAGUUUAUUUCAAAGAUCUUCCCGAUUAUAUUAUUCUAGAUACACAAUGGUUGUCGGAUGCUUUUAAAUGUAUAGUAACAGCAAAAAAAUUUCGGGCUAUUAAUAUUAGAAAUCAAAAAAGAUGGGAGGAAUUUUACAACAGAGGCAAAUUACAUAAUGAGGUUAUAGAAGAUAUUUUCAGAAAUGAGACAAACAUUUUGAAUCAACAUAAAGACUAUAUCCUUAAAGUAAUGGAGAAAUAUGAUAUCAUAAUCCGUCCAACUAUAUCAGAUACAAAUGCUGCUGAUAAAAAACCUCGCUAUUAUGUACCGUGCCUCAUUAAAGAUAAACAUGAGUGUGAUAUAUACAAAAUGUUUAAUGUGGCAGAAGGCAUCUGUAACAAAUCCACUUGGUUGUGUUUCAAGUUUAGGUUUCUACCACCACAUUUGAUAAAUCAUUUGAUUGCUGCACUGUCCCGGACGUAUGAAGUUGCAGAAGUUGCCUCUAAGCAAAAGAAAAGGCAAAUUGCUCUUUUCAAAGGCUUUGCUGUAUUUGAGUUACAAAAGACCUCAAAGUUACGAAAAUUACUUGUAAUGAAAUGUCCAAAUGCUAUUCAUAUUCAGGUUUGGCAAUUUGGGAAACAAAUUGAAGGAGGUUUUUACAAAUACAUGGCUGACUUUGUGACGGAGGAAAUAAUCAAAAUAAUAAGUACAAGAUUUAAGAUGUCUAAUGUCAAAUUUGAGAAAAAGUGGGAAUGUGGCCAAACAAAACCAGAGUCUGUGACAGGAUCUUAUGACUUUAGUGAAGAUCAGGAUUCAAUAUAUUACUGUGAGACAUGUACUACUAUACAUGAGUUCAUUGGUGAAUGGUCAGAUCUACAACAGGUACAAAGUAGAGGACCUUAUUUGUCAGAGAGUUCUGAAGAUGUUCUAAGAUCGAAUCCUUGCACAAAAAGCUCCAGUAAAAUCCAAACUACUGCUACAUCCACCAAGGUACGUGUUCAUGUCCAAGCUGGUAAGAGAGUAUUUUCAAAUGUCAAUGAAAAGGCACCAGGAACAGCCAGUUCGGCAGUGUUCACCAAAGAGGAAAUCAAUUUUACAAAGAUGGGAAUGAUAGUGCUGAAUAUUCUUGCCGAUGCUUUAUAUGACCUAUUAAAACAAGAUAAACCAAAUCUACGUCCAAGAAACGAUUGUGAUAUAACAUACUUAUACAGUGAGCACAGGAAACUUAGUAAACAUAUUCCAAGUAAUUCAAGCCACCGACGAUGUCCCCCUGGACCAUGGGGUGGGAAUUGGCAAGAUAUUCAGAAUACAGACAUAGCUAUUGGGGAUGAUAUAGAGCGUAUUAGACUUACAAGAAAUGAACUACAACACUCUCAGAUAUUUAAACUUGAAGAUAAACGUUUUACUGAGUUAAGUAAUAUAAUAAGUGACCUUUUAAGACGGUUUAAUCAACAUAACAAACCAACAAGGCUGUAUAUAGAUGUGCUGAAUGAGAUUUUGGUUAAAACUAUUUCUGAACAAGAAGUGAAAUCAAUUGAAAAUGAAAUAUUAGGGAUGACGAUUGAAGUUGAAAUUGAACACUAAAUCAAUGUUCCACCAUAAUAGAGAAAUAAACUCAUCUUCACAAUUUUUAUGGAAAACAGUUAUUUAUACACAUUAUAAGAAAUACACAUACUACCAUAGCAACAGAUUUGUAGAAGACCAAUACUUUUUGGACACAAGGCAAUCAUCUAUACGUAAUUCUGUUAAUUAAAUAUGUUAAAAUCAGAUUGAUGGAAGGAAAUGGCCAAGAUGAAAAAGUGGACCAAAGUGAAAAUAUUAGACAAAAGUUAAAGCUUAGACCAAUAUUGGACUGUUUAAGUGCUAUUUUUAAAAUGUAAUCACAUGUAGCAAAAACUGUAAUGUAGAUUUUGCCAAUACCAUAUUAAUUAUAUAAUCAUUAUGUACAUAAUAUUAAAUAUCUGUUUAUAAA